AUGAAUUGUCAUCGAUUACCUAGCCUGCCUGGAUUGUCAUUCGAUGAGCGUUUGAAGAAGAAUCAUCAUGUAUCACAUUGCUUUUAUUAUCAAAAUGGAUAUCGAAUGGAUCGGACUCCAACUGUUGGAAUUGGAAAGGAGCCUGUUCAAGAGACAUAUAAGGAUUUCUAUUCGGAACCCAUUGAAUUUGAUCCAGCCUUGACAUACGGUCGUAUUAAGAAGCAACAAGUUGAGCCAUUUAGGCCUCAUUAUGUGAUUUAUGACAAAAAGGUACUUAAAUUCAUGGGAUAUUUUCGACAACACGUGCCAGAAUCGCGUAUCGAGCAGUAUCGAAUACGAUAUGUCAAUAUCUAUUACUAUUUAGAGGAUGAUACGCUCGAGGUGUAUGAGCCAUUUGUUAAGAAUUGUGGCUUAUUUCCACAGGGUAGGCUGUUGAGACGCAGCAAAAUUGCUAAAAAUCCAUCAUCUGGAAUUUUUUAUACAUGGAAAGAUUUUAAUGUUGGUAUUGAUAUUGAAUUAGGCGGCAUCGUGUAUCAUACGGCUGAUUGUGAUACAUACACGAGAGAAUUUUUAACAGCUAAUGGCGUUGAAGUGAAGGAAAGAGAAUGCAUGCCAAAAGAUCCGAUUACUAUUGAAAAAAUGAUUCAACAAGCCCAACACACGCAAACAAAUCGUCAAAAGAACCAAAAGGAUGACAAGUUAAGAAGAUUUUUGGAAUAUUUUGGAAUGGUUUUAAGCUUCGACUGUGUCUUGGAUGAAACGGAACGAGCAGGUGGCGAACUGAUAACAUUUAAAUUAUAUUAUUAUCUUGAGGAUGAUACAAUUGCGAUUAAGGAAUUGCCUGAGAAUCAGCAAGGUCGAGAUGGAUUUGCAUUACUUUUAAAGCGAACAAAAUUGCCAAAGAAUUGGCGCAAGAAACCUGCUGACUUCGCAUCAAUUGUGUUCGAUAGCACAGCUGCUGAAAUUGAUGAGUUUUAUACGUUGAGGGACUUUAUGGUUGGAGGUACAAUUUUUGUAUUUGGACGAAAGUUUUUACUUAUGGAUGCUGAUAAAUUCACUCGAGAAUAUUUUGAUAAAAUUUUGAGAUGUCCACAGCCGAAUAAGUUGGCAAUUGAGAAGCCCAUACAACCGGAAAUUAAAAUUAAAAUGCCUGACUACUUGGGUCUCGGAACGCCAGAAGACUCUCUAAGUUCAUGCUACAAUUUGAUCCCAAGAGCACCAAAGAAGGAUGAAAUUGCAUAUUUAAUGAAUGCAAAUAAAAAACUUCGUUACGGAUGCAUCCUUGAUUCCGUUCAUCCCGAAGUUAAAGAUCGAAAAUUUAUUAUGAACUAUAACUUAGCUGAUGGCAAUAUAAAUAUUGUUGAAUUGUCAGCACCAAAUACAGGCAUUGCUGGUUGCAAAUUCCUCUCGUCUCGAAAGGUUGUCAAGCCAAAUACAAAUCCUCAUAAGCCAGAGUAUUAUACAGCCAAGGAUUUUACAAUUGGAACGAGAAUUCACAUCUAUGCACACAGAUUUAUUAUUACGAGUGCUGAUUUAUAUGUUUAUCGAUAUAUGCAGGCACAUCCAGAGCUCUUUUCGCCAGAAAUCAUUCAGAAUGUAAGGAUGUACAAUUUACGAGAAGGAAACUUAAAAGCCGACAUACGACAGGCAAUUGAGGACGAUCUGGAACGUUAUAUGAGAGGAUUGAGUAAAGUCGAUGAUAAUGAAUCGAAUGAAGCCGUUUCUGAGCCAAUAAGUGGCGAGAGAAUCCCAAAACCGUUUAUACAAGAGGAUGAAGUCAAGAAGUUUUAUCAUGAUCAAUUGGAACCGAAACCAAGUUAUAUGAAUGAGAAAUGUCAAGUUCCAUGCAAUAUCAAUGUUAAGGAAGAAGUCAAUAUUCCAUCAGAUAAAGGUGUUGUCAGGUUCUUGGAGCCACACGAGGAACUAAAUUGA